GUUUCCGGCCGCGCCGCCGUGUCCCCGGAGGGACGGCGGGGCCCGGGCGGUGACACCGGGCAGGGCCGCGCCGGGCACAGCCAGCGCCGCGCUCCCCGCUCCCCCGGGCCGGGCGGGGUCACCUUCAUGGGCGGGCGGGAGCGCGCGGCGCUGCCCGGGGCCUGCUGAGGCGGCGGCGGAGCGGCGGGACCGGGAGCGGGAGCGAUGUUCGUGCAGGAGGAGAAGAUCUUUGCGGGGAAGGUGCUGAGGCUCCAUGUGUGCACCAUGGAGGGCGCGGAGUGGCUGGAGGAGGUGCCCGAGGACACCACGGUGGAGAAGCUCAAGGAGCGGUGCCUGAAGCACUGUCUUCCUGGGAGCUUGGAGGAUCCCAAAACUGUGACACAUCACAAGCUGAUCCAUGCUACUUCUGAGAAGGUGCUGACAGACGCAAAAACAGUGUUGGAGGAGAACAUUCAGGACAGAGAUGUGUUGCUUCUGGUCAAGAAGCGCGCGCCAACGCUGCUCCCCAAGAUGUCAGAUGUGGUUGCAGAGGAGAAAAGGAAGCAGGAGCAGAAGGCUCCUGACAAGGAUGCCAUCCUCAAAGCCACUGCCAACCUGCCCGCCCGCAGCGCGGACCGCAGCGUGACCCACCACAACAUGAGGGAUUUCCAGACAGAGCUCCGGAAGAUUUUAGUGUCUCUCAUAGAAGUUGCACAGAAAUUGCUAGCACUGAACCCUGAUGCAGUUGAACUAUUUAAGAAGGCAAAUGCCAUGCUGGAUGAGGAUGAGGAGGACAGGGUGGACGAGAUCGCGCUGCGCCAGCUCACCGAGAUGGGCUUCCCAGAGAGCAGAGCUGUCAAAGCCCUCAGGCUGAACCACAUGUCCGUCACCCAGGCCAUGGAGUGGUUGAUAGAACACGCUGAUGACCCUUCUGUGGAUGCUCCUCUGCCAGGUUCUGCUCCUGCAGAAGCCCCAGCUGAAGGUGCUGCCUCCUCUGCUGAGGCAGCUGCGGGCCCCAGCUCGGAGGAGGGCGGGGAGGAGGCCAAGGAUGAGCUGACGGAAAUCUUCAAGAAGAUCCGGAGGAAAAGAGAAUUCCGUCCAGACCCACGGGCUGUCAUUGCCCUGAUGGAGAUGGGAUUUGAUGAAAAGGAAGUGGUGGAUGCACUCAGAGUGAACAACAACCAGCAAAAUGCAGCUUGUGAGUGGCUGCUGGGAGACAGAAAACCUUCUCCAGAGGACUUAGACAAGGGCAUUGACACCAACAGCCCUCUCUUCCAAGCCAUCUUAGAAAACCCAGUGGUACAAUUAGGGCUCACCAACCCUAAAACUCUACUAGCCUUCGAGGAUAUGCUUGAAAACCCCUUGAACAGCACUCAGUGGAUGAACGAUCCCGAAACGGGGCCGGUGAUGUUACAGAUCUCCCGAAUCUUCCAGACACUGAAUCGCACGUAGAGGGAGCUGCCAGUGCACUGUGCCACCUCCCCCUGCCCCUCACUGCCCUCCACCUCCACAGGAGGCUGCCUGGAUGGUUGGGAAGGGGUGGAGGGAAGGGGGAGAUCCUGGCUGGAGGGGUCUCUCGCACGAGAGCUUUCGUAGUUAACAGCCAACAGGAGUGAGUUGCCUUGUGGAUUUAGUGUUAGUGGAAGAGGUUUGAGGAUUUGUUUAUGUUUUCAGGUAUUAGGUUUAAAAUAAAGUAUAUAUAUUAAAAAAAAAAAUAGGAAAAAGGUUUUGUGAAAACACUUAAGAAUCUGAUUGUUGGAAAGAAAUAUUGCUCGUUCAAAAGGCCUGUGACAGUUUUCUGGCCAGUUUUGUUAGGAUCUGGCUGGUGUUUACAAAAGGUCACUGACCACUAGCAUAGGAUAUUAAUCAUCUCCAUACAGUAUUAAUUUAUAGCUCUUAUCAAAUUGCAAAACUGCUUUUUUUAAAAAAAAAAAAAAAUUGAUUCUUAGGAAAUGUUUUUUAAAAGCCCAAAUCUUGGGAGAGCAAGCACAUUUCUAUUUGAGCUUGUUUAUCUGGCAUUCUAAUUUAAGCAGAAUCAUUCAGAGAUGGAAUUCUAAUAAAUAGCAUUACUUUUUCCUAUUUAUUUGCUGCGUUAGUGUUGUUGCAGUCCCACUGGGGUUGUACUUGCAGGAGAUUCUCUGUCAGGUACCAGAAAGGUGCAGGAUCUCUUUCACCACAGAAUUCACCACAUCAAGACUUGGAUUCCCAAGUGGCUGCAAUUCCUAAGCUCACACUCUGCCAUAUCCCAUUGCAAGGAAAGAUAUGUUCACACAGUGGUUUUUUCUCCCAUUUUUUUGUGCACAGUUUUGGCAAGGGGCUUGUGGGGGUUUUAUUCUGUUUACAAAAACAAAAGCAGCUGAAUUGCAUGGGGGGGUUUGCUGGGGUUCUGUAAAGCAGCAGAACCACACAGGUUUUUAUCUUGUUUAAGGUAUUUAAAGCACGCUUGAAAUUGCUAUCUUUGAGUUAGAAGUGGGUUUUUCUUUAUACUUAUUUUUACCAUGGCCAUACUAAGAAUGUCAGGCUGGGUCUUUCCUAUUUUGCCAGAAGACUGACUUGAGAUUUCAGGGAGGAAUUCUGAGCUAUUAAGAGCAGAACUCACUGUGAAUAUCCAGCUGGUGUUUAUGACUGGGCUCUGCAGGUGUUACUUUUUUAGCAGUCUGCUAAAAAAAAAAAAUAUGGGAUUUAUUUUCAACUCAGUGCAACAUGAUUGACAUCUGUCAUCAUCCCUGCCAUGCCUUGUGCUUCACAGCCCUGCAGGAAAGGCAGAAGAGGCAAAUCUUGCAGAGAAAGCAGGUGGAGACCCUGUGCUUAAACAGCACAAAGGUGUCCUGUGAGACAGGAGAUCCUGAGCAGCUCUGCAGGUCACCUCUGAGGUGUGGGAGGGAUUUAUGUGCAGUUGGGGUUUUUUUAAACAAAAAUGCAGCAAGAUGCAACCCGAAACCCUACAACAAGUUUUGGCCUGAACUUGGCAUCUGCUCUGUGCUGUCAUGCAGCUGAGGCACUGAAGUUGCCAAUUUCUCAUAAUUAAUAUGAAGGGUGGGGAAAUCAAAACAGCCUGAGAUUUUAUCUUGUCUUACUAUCCCAGGAUUCUUUUAUUUUUUUUAAUUUUGUAAUUUCAUAUUAAGCUUUACAGUUGAUGACUGCUGAAAUAUUUACUUCUACAUUUAGAAAUUCCAAGCUUUAUAGAGAUGUUUCUUCUGUUCAAAUUGGACAGUAAAACCAUUUUUGUGGGCUCUUGCUAAGAAUAGGCUGACAUGAAAUUAUAACCUUGUCCUGUAACUGAAGCCAGGAGCCUGAUCCUGCACCCCAGUGAGCUCAGCACAGCUACUCAUGAAUAGCUGUGACUGAAUAUUGUGGUCUUAUGAAAGGUUUUGAUUGUUUUAUUUUAUUUUUUUUUUGCUUAUUCCUGAAGCUUUUUGCCUGUAUAAUACCAGAAGACUCUUUUACUUGAAGCUCUUAAUGUUAGAGAGAAAUGUCCUUCUCUACAGUCAGGAUUAGGGUUAAUAUUCCUUUUAAUGAGUGUUUUUAGAAGGCAGAGUUGGGAAAAACUGCCCUGUAGUUUGGUGGGAGGUUUUUGGCUUCUGAAUGGAUAAGGAGAGGUUCAGACUUAGCAAACAGAUCCUUUGGUGAAGUUGUGGCCCUUGAAGAUUGUAAAGGCUUGGGAAAUGCUGGGUUUGAUUUCAGGAGUCCAUGGUUGGACUGAGGGGUGAAAGUGCUGCCUCCCUUGGAAUGGCAGCACCCCUCAGUGCCACUGAGCUGCUUCUAAAGUGUGGGGAAAAGCAUCAGGAAAACAGAUUCUCCUUAUCUGAUAGAAGGUGAGAAUGCCCAGGUUCAGCAGCAGCAGCAGCUGGGAGACCCUAGCGAUAAAGGAAUUUUGCAUUUUAGGGUGCUGGGAGGCUUGAGAAGAUGUGGUUAUUUCUGGAUUUUGUUAUUCCAGAGCUCAACACUUCCAAAACUGAAGUGUUGUUUGGUUGUUUGGAAUUUUUUUAACAGACCCUGCUUGGCUUGUGAGAGCUGAAAUUUGCAGUGACCAAAAACCAAAGGAGACCAGAAUUUAGGAGGUGUGGUGUUUGCAGCAAGGCACAGGAGUUGAUUUAAAGCCAGCAAAAACUCCCCUGAGGUUGAAGGAGUUAAACCACACAUCAGUGGUGCUGGGGUGUGAAUUACACCGGGGGCUGUGUCCCAUCACCCCAGGGCUGGGAUUGCUGCUUCAUCCCAGAAAAUGCAGAGGGGAGUUGAGUCCACUGUGCUUGGAAAGGCACAGAUUGGCCCAGUUUUUGGAAAACCUGCAGAAGCUGAGAUGUCACUGUCCUGGAGCUGGAACGUGCAGCCAUGGGGCACAAGGAAUGUGUGUGGCUUUGCCUGGUGAGGAACUGUGCUGCCCCUGGGUGCAGGACUGGGGCAUCUGCCCUGAGGGCCAGUGAGAGAUCCCUGAACACACAGCAAAGAUUUUUGUUAAAUAAAACCAGCACGUUUUGUGAGGAAGAACUGCUCCCAGCAGUGAGGAUUUACAGGCUCAGGUCCUGUGCUUGCACCUCGGGUGUUCAAGUUCCAGCUAGCACAGACAUGUCAGAGUUAAUUUUCUCUUAACGUGGUCAAGGGAAUAUUUGGAAGCCUGGGAGCUGGAGCAGGAAAGGGAUGGGGUGGUGGGUGACUAAGAGUGUGAUUCUUACAGUUCCUGCUCUUUGCCCCAUUGGUAGCCAGACAGUCUUGUACCUUUUGAUGUUGCAGGCCUCUUGCAAGUAGCCAACUAUUUAUUGAAAUAUAUCUAACUUAUAAUUGUGUCACCAAAACACUGGUAUUUUUAAUGGCAAUGUACUAUGUGGAAGUUUGUUCUCAGGGCUUCGUAUUUAUACUCUCUUUUUAGGGGGAUGUAUUCAAAGGGAUGUAUUUGGAAAAUAGGCCAGUGGCUACUUUACAGCUUGGACCUUGAUUGUCCUGACCUGUGAGGCUGAGCUAGUGUAACCCCUCCUGCUGAAGCAGCCCAAAGAAUCUGCCUUUCCUCCUUUCCUGGUGAGCAGGGACAUGAGUCUUCCUUUAGGAUUGCUGCAUCCCUCCAUGGGAAUGGUCACACGGGGUCACCCUGCUGGGCUUUGCACCAUUGCAAGGACGUUUGUGUUCUCCAUGCAGCUGCAAAAUUGACUUGCAGAGUUCCCAAAGCAGCCAUCAGGGCAUUCCUGCUCUGGGAAGGUGUGAGGUUCUCUCCUGCACGAGUUCCAAGGCCUCCAGCUCGUGGCUGCUUCUUGGCAGCCCCUGUCACAGAGCUGACCCAAACCUUGACCCCCACCCUUCCUUUCCUCCUCUCCUGGAACCAAACUUGCAUUUCAAAGAUUGAUUUUCAUAUCCAAGCAACUCUUUAGUGGUUAUUAAAAUCCGUUUUAGUUAGGACUGUUACAAUUAACUUUUUUUUAGGCGUUCACACCAAAACAAGCAUCGCACCAAACGAAUGUAUAGCGACACUGUCAGCAAACGUUGCCUGUGGAAGGGGCACAGGUUGCUGUGAGCUCUGCUCCAGUGGCAGUUUUCCCAAAGGCUUGUGCACAGGACAGCCAGUGUUUCAUCCAAAGGAACCAUCCUGGUUUUCUACUUUUAAUAAUAAAUACCAUUUUUAUUAACCAGCAGAACAGCGGCGCUUCCAGCUGGUAUUUCCAUCCAACUGAGAGUCCUGGAGCUUUGGGGCUGGAGAUCCUGCCUGGAUCCCCCUCUCUGGGACAGCUCCUCCUUGGAAGGAUUUGUGCUGGCUGUGGCAGGGCAGUGGGGGGCAAUCCCCACCUCCCUGCACGGGGUGUUACAUCCACGUGAAUGUUCUCAUGGUGAUUCUCACCUCCAUCCCCACAUCCAGUGUAGCAAAAGGGUUUUUUUAAGGACCUCUUGCCCUAGAUUUGAAGAUCUUCAAUGCAGAAUCUGUUUGCAGCAUGUGAACUUCAGUAAAUGUAAAUGCAUUAAAUUCUUACUGAAUUUGGGUACAGUUUUAUAUCGAGCUCUGGGGAGAGGGAGGAAAUUGGAUCACGUUUUAAACGAAGCCCCACAAACCCAAGUCUCUGUUGCAGCAGGUAACAGAGGCCUGUAGAGAUUUUUAAUUUGCAUAUUUUUAUCAUGGCUUAAUGAACUGUACACGAAUGUGAUUUGCUACCCAGCACUUCCCACGAGGCAGCACCAGUAAAAUUACACUGCAAGGUACUGACUUCACAUUUUCUCAUUUCACCUGUGUAUCCAGCAAUUAGGUACCGCAUAGGAUAACUUUGAUCUGGCUCUGAUGCCGGCGUGUGGCAUGCACAGCUCUUCCUAAGGUGUAACAUUACUUUUCUGAAGCUUAAACUAGGGCAGACAUCCCCGAGCCUGUGGAAUUCGGGAUUCAUUCUGGCCACGCUCGCGUGGGUCGCUGACCUCUCCCUGAGCAGGAAAACCAGCAGGAUUUGCUCCCUGCAGAAAUCCUCCAGGCCAAAAGCAAGGAAUGCUGCUAAUUUGUGAUCAUUUUAAGCAGUUGCUGUUCUGAAAUAUAUUCCUGGGAGUCAGGGAGGUGUUGGCAAAGCCAGACCUGUUCAGUCUGGAAUUGUUUUGUGUGGAGAUGUGGAACCCACGGCCGGGGCUGGAAUGAAUGCUGUGGCUUUAAACCUGCUCACACAUAACCCCAGACACUGAUGUUGUGUGUGCUGUACAUUUAUAAUAUAUCUUCAAAAUAAAGUUUUUUGAUUUAUUA